CCUCUGCUUUUUUUUUUAGCAUUACUAAAAUAGAUAUAGUAUGUAUUUGUUUUGUUCAUAUUUAGGGAUGGCCAAUCUGGGCUCUCCAGCUGGUAGUAAACUACAACUCCUGUCUUUUCACCAGACCUUGGCUGGUUUCUCUCUGGAAUUACUACUCACUCCUCCUUCUUUACUCUGUAAUAAGUCUGCACUCACUUUCUUGCUAACUAUAAUUCUUUAUUUUGUCCUUAAAAUACAGCACACACUCCUUCCAGCUCUCCUCUCCCCUCUGCUCUGUGUUCCCUGCAUGCACUCUCUCUCUUUUGAUUCACACUCUAAUCUUGCUCGGUAUGUAAAUAUUUAUAUGGCACAGGGACACUCAAUUAGUCACUGACACUCUACUCUCUAUCCUAGUUCUUCCUCCCCCGUACUACUCUCUUCUAGUAUCUAGCCUCCUCUAUCACACUCAUUCUCUUUCUCCCUCUCUCCCAUGACGGAUGGUAAUGAGGUAUCGCAGAGAAAACCAGAGACUAUUCACUGUGUUUAGUGUUAUCAGAAGGAGAAGUCAUGUGCCAAAAUGUGCAUUUCAACUAAGCAGCUAUACUACUCCGCACCCCCCAGAGGCAGGGAAGUAAGGAGUGAACAAGAGAAAGCAAACGAAAAAGACAGUGAAGACAGAACAGAAAACAGUAAAGGAAAUAACAGAAGAAGAAAUACUGAACGCUCUCUCUUGGACAUUUUUCUCCUCUUUCACCUUACUUGCCAUGUCUAACUUCACCCCAGAUGCCUGCAAUGUAGACUCUGGUCUGGACAGUGUUCUUCCUCCAUCACUCUAUGCUUUGGUUUUCACGUUGGGCUUGCCAGCAAACCUACUAGCCCUUUGGGCAGCUUGGCUUCAGGUGCGAAAAGGAAGAGAACUUGGUGUCUACUUACUCAACCUUUCUCUCUCUGACCUUCUACUUAUUUGCGCUCUUCCUCCCUGGACGGACUACUACCUUCGAAGAGAUGUGUGGGGAUAUGGCCCUGGUGCCUGUCGCUUAUUCGGCUUUGUUUUCUACACUAACUUGUAUGUUGGUGCAGCUUUUCUCUCUUGUGUUUCUGCUGACCGUUACCUGGCAGUGGCACAUCCUUUGAGGUUCCCAGGUGCAAGACCCAUUCGCUCUGCUGCUGCUGUCUCGGCACUGAUAUGGAUGCUUGAGUUGGCAGCCAACGCUCCACCACUAUUGGGUGAAGCUAUCCACCGAGACCGCUACAACCACACAUUUUGCUAUGAGAGCUACCCUCUUUCUGGAAGAGGGGCUGCCUUAGCCAAUGUAGGGAGGGUUUUGGCUGGAUUUUUGCUGCCCUGGGGGGUCAUGAUGCUGUGCUACGCUGGUCUCCUACGAGCAUUAAGGGGUAGCGCAUCCUGUGAGCAAAGGGAACGAAGAAGGGUGCGGCGACUAGCUUUAGGGCUUCCAUGUGUAGCACUACUUUGCUAUGGGCCCUACCAUGCUUUGCUGCUUUUACGCAGCUUGGUGUUUCUGGUGGGUGGGGGUUCAGUCGAUGCAGGUGGAGGGUGUGCACUCGAGGAGAGACUGUUCCCAGCAUACCAUGCAUCAUUGGCACUGGCCACAUUGAACUGUCUGGCAGAUCCUGCCCUUUAUUGCUUGGCAUGUCCUGGUGCUCGAGGUGAAGUGGCAAAAGUUGUAGGAGGGGUAGUGGCAUGGGCAAUGGGAAAGGAAAGGAGAGCUUGGGGAGAACGAGGUGGUAAUGGUAGGGGAUGUGGGGAAGGAGAGGAGGUGGGGAUGGUAGAGUUAAGAGGAAAUGGGAGAGAGUUUGUAGUGUGACUUUGGGUUGAGGAGGGUAAUAAGGACUUUUGUUUCUCUGUUCAAUAAAUUAAAUUAAAGCAAUGGCAUUUAAGCUGCAGUUUCUGUUACUGGUGGAGGAAUUCCCGAUAAAAGGAGAAUAACCAAUCAUGACCAAUGCAACUAACUGGAGUGAGCAAGGUAAAGGCAUGUACAGAGCAGAUACUCUGCAUAAGUAGAGAUGCUCUGCAGUUUUGUCUUUGCCAUCUGUGUGCUGAGUCAGUGUGUGUUACGCAGGCACAUUAGAGGGAUCUGGGGGCAAUUGAGUUACACAGGAACAGCAGAGAAAGAACGGCAGGCCAAGAGUACACAGCUGUUACCGACAAGAGUGCUUGCUCUGCUAUUCACCUCACGCAGCACUGUUCCUCAUCCAAUGCUUAUAGCCUUUCCAAACUCUGAAAUGCUAUGCUGUACUGCUAUCCACUUAAAAUGAAUGUGCAUUGAUAAUGAACUUGUGAAACUGA